GUCGUCAGGCGGUCUCAGUUUAGUUUAGCCGCUUUCUUUAGCUUCUCUCACUAAGCCAGCAUUUGAUGCCCCCUCGCCUUCUCUCUCUCUCUCUCUCUCCCUCAUUGCAUUGCUUCUCACUCUACUGGAGCCAAAGACGCAAAGGCAGGAGAGAGAGAGAGAGAGAGAGAGAGAGAGAGAACAAACACCCAGAUUCCGGAACACGCAUCACCAUUGAAAGACAAACAGGGGAUUUACAGAGGGGGGUCCGUUGUCGUCGUUUAAGGUUGAUUUUGGAUGCAAACCGAUAAUGGGUUCUUCAGGGCAAAGUGGUGGGUUUGAUCUGUCGUUCAAGAUCUUGCUGAUCGGAGACUCUGGCGUCGGCAAAAGCAGCCUUCUUGUCAGCUUCAUCUCUUCUUCUGCUGAAGAUCUCGCCCCAACCAUUGGUGUUGAUUUCAAGAUAAAGUUGCUCACAGUUGGUGGGAAGAGACUAAAGCUGACAAUUUGGGACACUGCUGGACAGGAGAAGUUCAGGACAUUGACAAGCUCCUACUACAGAAAUGUCCAGGGAAUCAUUCUUGUUUAUGACGUGACAAGGAAAGAGACCUUUGCAAACUUAUCCAAUGUAUGGGCAAAAGAAGUGGAGCUCUAUUCUACUAGUCAAAAUUGUGUUAAGAUGCUAGUCGGGAAUAAAGUUGACAAGGAUUCUGAAAAGGCUGUGAGUUCAGAGGAGGGAAUCGCUCUGGCGAAAGAACUUGGGUGCUUAUUCCUAGAAUGCAGUGCAAAAACGAGAGAGAACGUGGAGCAGUGCUUCGAAAAACUGGCCUUAAAGAUUAUGGAGAUUCCCAGUCUCUUGGAAGAAGGAUCAACUGCCGGAAAGAGAAACAUCUUGAAACAGAAGCAAGAACACCAGUCACCGGCUAACGGCAGUUGCUGUUCUUAGUAGGCCGCACUGUAACAGAUUUGGUGCUGAAGCUUUCGUUGCGCUCCAAUGGAAGGUGAGAAAUCAAGCAACUUGAGUGGAAAGGAAUCUGCAGAUUCAAUCUUGGCCAUGUUAUGAUCUGGUUUAUGUAAAUGAUUGCUGCUUUUCUUUUGCCUCCUCCUUUUCAUAUUUGAUCCUCUUUCUUCUCUUGUAAUUUAACCCUGCUGUCAUGGAGUGGCUUUAGUUGUACCGUCGUUCUCUCGAUGCCCGACUCUGGUUCGUUGUGUUAGCUCGUGUACAUUGUUCUGUCUUACUGGAUCGUGGUUAUAACUUAUGAGAAAUGCCCCCUGAAACAAGUGUAUUGUAUGUAUAAAUUCUUUUUCCAUUCAA